AUGCGAUGGUUGAGGUUUCUGAAAUCUGAGCCGUCGUAUUCUGAGAGGCUACGACGGAUCGAGGUUGAAUUGGUCAACACUGAGCAUAGCUUGAAGAGCAUCCUGUACGAUAAGAAGCGGUUUUUUGGAUAUACGUGCAUCGUAACCGGUUUUACUUUCACAUGCAUUGCGAUUUAUGCGUACUUUUCGUUGCUGCCGCCAAAACUGGGUGAUUUAUGUUUAUGGCUGAUGGUCGUCGCCUUCUGCAUGACCUUCUUCUACCUAAUGAAGGUGAUGUUUUCGUGGUACUUCAGUCAGCGGGUUGAGUGGUACCAGCUGCACUUGGAAACGUUGAAACAGGAACGCAUAGACUUGUUGCAAGAAGUUCGUGAAAAAGAGACCUAUCAUGUGGCUAAGGAUCUGAUCGAUCGCUUCGAUCCAGAGGGGACGACAACGUCGGCGUUGGCGGCAGGCGCUGCCACCGAUUUGAACGAUUGUGAUUCGACUACCGGUGGCUUUAUCCGCUCGACGUCACGUUAUCCGUCGUUCGUGACUCCGGACUCGCUUUUAACAGGCCUCAAGCAACAACGAUCGGUUGUUGACAAAAUCGUCGACUUCUUCCUCAAUGAUGGACCGAACAACAGAUACGCACUUAUCUGCUCUGUAUGCUGUGGUCACAACGGGACAGUUCCGAAAGACCAAAUCGCCGCCACUGCCUUCCGAUGCUGCUACUGUUUUGCGUUCAAUCCAGCUCCGAAAGUGGCAGAUCAGAACUCGGAAUCUCUGGACGUUAGGCUGUUCCAGGACUGCGGUACUCAGACCGAUUUGGAAGAUACCGAGGGAAUCGACAGUUGA